GACCAAGACCUUCAGUAUGUCAAGAAGAGAUUGCACAUGGAGGCUUGUGCAAAGGAAUUUGGUGUUGUCUUUGAAGGAAAUAAUUAUAUAAAAAGUACAGUGCAGCUUUAAAAAUAAAGCAAGGGUUUGCUUAUUCCAAGUGUACUAUGAAGUUUUUUAAUUAUAUAUAAUAAAGUGAGCAGAUAAGGAUUUAUUUUAAAUUCUGAAUUAGAACCAUAAUUAAAUGGUUUCUGAAAAUCUUUUUUGUACAGUACUUUGGGAGCCAAAUGACAUUAGCUGGAAUGUGACUGUUUCUUUUCUUUGUCAUGAAAUAGUUGCCGUGAAGACUCCCGGGGAUGGAAGCAAAGAUUUUAAGUGAUGGGCUAGACCAAUUUCCAGGCUCACAAGCAGUACACGUCUGUUGCCCUGAGAAUAUGUCAGAGUCAAGAAGCAACCAUAGUACUGAAAUGCUGGCUGGCCAUUUGUCAGUGCAAGGGGACUGUUACAGCUUCAGAUACCAGCAGUCUUUGGAUGCCACAAAUGCCUCUACAUCGUUGAGUUCUGCAUGUGACAUCCCUUUUCCUUGCAACACUACACAUCAUCUCAGCACUGCAAAGAGAGGAAGAGGAAGACCAAGAAAAAAUAUCUUGAACUACCACAAGAUCUUGGAUACCUCCAAAGCAAUAAAGAAAAGAGGCCGACCAAAGAAAACUAUUGAGCUGGGAAAAAAAAUGGAUAAAAGAGGUGUCCAGAUGCCAUGCAAUACUGCUUCCGUGACCAGAAAGAGAAAGCUGGAUGAAAACGCCUAUACCCCCAAUAGUAAGAGAAUCAGAUUCGGUGAGUCUUCUGCAGUUGAGUGUCAUAUUGAACCAGAGGAAAAAGAGGCAGAUAUUGGUAUUUUCCUCGACACUGAAGGCUCUUUGGAACUUCAGACAUUGCCAGAAAGGGAAGAAACAUGUCAAAACUCAGAUUUGAGUAUGCCAUAUAUAAAUUUUAAGUGUCUAGGUGCUAGUGGUGAAAAUGUAGUCAGUGAAGAUCAGAAAAUGAGAAUACAUACACAAAGAAAUAGUUCUGUUUUAAAACAGGAUUUUAUUCCCUUUUCAACAGCUGAUGAUGCACCAUCAAGCAAUGAUUGUAACUCAAACAGCAGACAGGAAAUACUUUCUGUAAAUUCAGUUCAUCCAGACGAUAUAGUGUACGAUGUCUUACCAUGGUGUAAGGAAAUAGAUGACCUGAGGCCAGGGUCUGUCAUACCUUCAAGUAAGGAAGGUGGUACUACAUAUGACCUCUUAUAUCAGUUUAAAAUAGAUGCAGGACGUUUCUUAGAAGAAGCUACCGGUCUAACUAUAUACGUCUUCACAGAAAGUCGCCCUACUCCAGCAAAUAAGACCCCCUUGGCACUUUUUAUUCAAAUGUCUAAUGGACAUCUUCUAAGAAUUAAAUGCCAGCAUUCUAGUUUAAAUUUAAGUCUGCCCAUACCUGUUAACAGACCAAAUAUCUCCAGUGAUGCCAUUUACUGCAGUACCCCAAGACCUCAUGACCACAGUAUAGAUGCAAGACAAACAAAAUCAGGAAAGGAGAAACAGCCAGCAAGUUACAUUCAGGACAAGAGAAUCCUCGAGAGUCAGAAGGACUGGUUUAUUUUCAUACAGAGGAUGUGCUACAUUUACCCAGAAAUUACAGAUAAGCAAUGGCAACCCUAUGUGAAGUUGACAAAGUUCAACAUGAACAUAUUUGAUGGACGUUAUAGGGAUUUUAAGGAUCAAGAUUAUCCAGAAGGUAGUGGAGGUGACAGAAGUACAAAAAACUCUUUGAGGACAGGUAGAUUUAAUAAUGCGCAGUGGGAUAAAACACCAAGACAUCCAGGUUGCCAAACUCAUACCAGCAACAAUGAAAGGACAUACACAUGCACAGAAGGCUGCCCUGAACAUUUUCUAUUUCAUGGAAAACUCUCCCCACCAUUAAGUUCUUGUUGUUCCAACCCAGAGGUACGCUUCUUUCACACCAUUCGGAUUCUGGAAACAAUCUGCAUGUCUGAGAUAAUGGCAAUAGUUUCACUCCACAUACAAAGGCAGGAAGCAGAAAGGCAUGCAAGUAAGAAUCUUCACACAGAGGAAUACAUACCCCUUAGUAGCACGAAGAGCAAGGUCAAGAGUACUCAUAGGCUGAAGGAGGAAAGUGAUUGGGAAGCAAUUUUGAAAGGAACCUCCAGGAAAGCUGUUGCAGAGCAUACGAGAAAAGAGAACAGUUUUGAAUGUUUUUCCAUGCGCAAGAAAUAUUCUAAAACCACAAAAUUAUGUAACUUUGUCUUUCCCAAGAAAAAAAGCAAGACAUUGAAAAAAAAGAAGAAAUACCAGAAAGUAAAAGAUCUAUGUGAAAGUACUUUGAUUAAGAAGUGCAAACCAGAUGAAAAUACAUGCACUGCUGUGACUUAUAUCUAUAACAAUCCUACUAUCAAUGCAGUUGAAAAGCUGUGUUUACAGAGAGACCAGAUGGCGGGAAUGACCUCAGUCCCACUCAGUCAGUAUUUGAGAACGUGUGAGGAGGAUGUUGUAGCAAGUGACAACCUGCCUGCCCCCUGGAACUUGGAGAAGGAUGAGAACCCCCGUCCAGGUGAAGAUGAUUUUAGGGAGGACUUCUCCGCAAGUCAGCAGGAAGAUAUCUGCCGUCAAUCGGGAAGCAACGGUGUGUCACGGACGAAGCGUGGCCGCGAUGACGCAGACAAGAAUUGUGCUACAAAAAGAGGUAGAACAACUUUCGGCGGAAGGCAGAGGCGUCCAGAAUGGCUGGAAGAGGAGAUGACGUCAGAUUUAGGGUCUCACGAGCCGUGGUAUCUUAAAGGUAAUAAGCAGAAGAAAAACAACAUUUUUGGUGAAGUAAUUCAUGUAAAGAGAACAUUCAAAAACCAUGCCAGGAAAAAUAAUCCUUGGAGGGUUUUCUGGCCGUCCCGUGCAAAAUGUGCUUCAGUUGAGAGUCUCUGCACAGGCAUUUCGCAUGAUAGUGGUGUUUGCUGCAGUUCUGGCCAAAGCCCCUACUAUCCUCACCCACUCCUAAGCAGCAUAAAUGACCUCUACAAGGGCACAUCACCUUCACAGGUUGAAGAAUCAGAUAAAGCAAAGAAAGAUGAAUCAUUCUUGGGUCAGAUUCCCCAUGAACUUUAUGAUAAGUCUGGGUAUAGGUAUGUGGACUUGGAUAGGCCCAUAGAGUAUUAUAACUUCGAUAUUGAUAGUGAAGGGAAUCUUUUAGCAACUACAUCCCUAAAUGAAGUCGAAUUUGGAAAGAAUUUUUCAAGUGAAAGGAAUGUGUUUUUUGAUGAACAAGAGACUGAUUCCUUUUCAAGAGAGUUGGAAACAUUCAAAAGGGAAAAGGACAGUGAAAAUAGGCUGUGCACUGAAGCUCCUGAUUUCAUUUGCAGGGCAACUUCACCUUGCAUUGACGCUGAUUGUGAUCUCAACACACCUCAGAUGACGCCAGUACAUGAAGCAGAUUCUCAACAGUGUAUAUUCAAAGACUGGACUCUAAGUUACUCAGCGAGUGGUUUUGAUAGUGACUUUGAAAUGCUGUGGAAUGAAAGUUAGUAGAGUUCAUUUCAGUAAAUUAGGUCAGAAGUUGAUAAAUUCAUAUGAUAUAUGAAAAAUAUAUUAAGUCAGAGCCAAAACUGAAAAAAAAGGAAGUAAAAUUAAGUUGAUUAAUUUCAGUUAUGGAAGAUUUUAACUUAAUUAAUUUUAGAUGUCUAUUGCAGUGUUUUUUUCUGCACCAGAGAAUGUUUUUGUUUGAUAAAUAUCUCAAAGAAUUUUGUUUAAUUUCUUUAUAUAUAGAUAAUUCAGUAUAUAAUUUGUAUUUUUGCUAUUUGCAUUUUAUAGAUUGUGAAGCAUUGUGCAAAUGUAAAUGUAGCAGAUAUCAGGUAUGAUAAAUUAGGAUUAUAUGUGUCAUACUGAGGACUGAUAUCUGUUUUGAAAGUGUAUAUUUCAAUAUGGAAAUAUGUUUAAAUUUUUAUAGUAAAUACAAAAAGGAAAAACAUGUUUUGCUUUUCAAGUUAUCGGUCUGUAUAUUUUUUUCUCUCUCACUUUUAUAAGAAUAUACAUAAUA